ACCGCGGACGCGUGCGGGGAGGUCAUAGGUGCGGCCUGUGGCCCGUCAGCACCAAUCGCCACCACCAGGAGGCAAACUGCCGCUACUCCGGCGGCUAGCAAGAUGAGCAAGCGAGCUAAGAUGCCAGGGCCGGAGGCAGGGACAACUGUUGUGGGUUCUACUGCCGUCCAGUUCAGAGUAGACUAUGAACAAGCGAAGCAGCUUCCCAUCGGCGAGUCUGUCGACUCUGACGUCAUCCCCGCAGGGGGACACCUGUGGAGAAUUGAGUUCUGUCCUCGUGGUGGGAGCUAUGAUGACAAUGAGUAUGUUUCUAUCCACUUUUCGCUCAUGAGCAAAAACAGAAAUGUCAAGGCCAUCUAUGAGGCCUUCCUGUUGGACAGGGACGGCAAACCAUCUUCCAUGCUGACAGGAAGGGCACUUAAAUCCUUUGUAAACAUAGGUCCUGACCUCAUAGCUAGCUGGGGAUUUGAUAUUGCGGAAAGGAAUCUUGUGGAGACAAAUUAUGUAAUAGAUGGACACGUCACAUUUAUGUGCACCAUCAUGGUCAUCCAUGACAGCCUUGUUCCUGUGCCACCUUCAGAUAUUGGGACCCAUCUUGGCAGCCUGCUACAUCACACUGACGGAACAGAUGUGUCAUUCAUCAUCGACGGUGAGACAUUCCAUGCGCAUCGAGCAGUGCUUGCUGCCCGCUCACCGGUCUUCAAAGCGGAACUCUUUGGCUCCAUGGCCGAAGCUACAAUGUCAUGCAUCACUCUACAAGACAUCACACCUUCAACAUUCAAAGUUAUGCUUCGGUUCAUUUACACGGAUGACUUGCCUUUAGAAGAGGAGCUUGCGGACUCUCCCAUUGAGAUGUUUCACAACCUACUUGCUGCAGCCGAUCGGUAUGCACUUGACAGGCUGAAGUUUAUUUGUGCCCAGAGGUUAUUGGAUGAGGUGUCGGUUGAAACAGUGGCAACGAUCUUAGCUUGCGCGGAAACCUACAACUGUCCUUCUUUGAAGAACAAGUGCAUUGAAUUCUUUGUGGUGGAGGAGAAUUUCAAGGAGGCCAUGUUCACUGAAGCUUAUGGAUUGCUGGUUCUGAAAUUCCCGUCGCUUACUGCUGAGCUCAGAAAGAGGGUUAGGACAUAACAUGGUGAGAUUCAUACUGAAGGUGUUCAAGCAUAGCUCUAGCUGCUGUGGUGUUUUGAAGCACUGGUGAGUCAUGUUUCCAAGCAUAUUGUAUGUGGUAAUCUGGAGACUGAUCGCUAAACUCAUCUUACGCCAGAAUGUUUGAUGUUGCAGUAUUGUGCUCAGUUGCUAUAAAUGAGGUAAGGUGGAGGAUAUUGUCGGACACUCCGAUAUGGAGUUCGGGGUGCUGUUCUAAAUUAGCAUCUGUCCGUGUUUUUGUUUCUGUUCAUUUGGACAUGUUCUGUCCCGUGUUGAAGCUUUGAAGAUGUUUACUU